AUGGUCMACGCGGUCGUAGACAACCCGAUGCUCUCAGUCAAUGCGAAGCUGUGGCAGUUCCUCUCCGUGCUCUUUGCACGCGAUUGGCGGCGUUGUGUCGCUUUGGUGGCACCCGUCUGCCUAAUGAAUGCAAUGCAGUUYGUUUAUUUGUAUCAACAAUGGGGUGAUUUAGCCACUUUCAUAUUGAAUACCUUCUUUGCGGUCUCUGUUUUCAAUGCCUUGCUGCGUACGUGCUUUAUUAUUAAGAAUCGAGAUAAAUUUGAAGMGUUGAUGGAAGAAUUGGUAACUCUAUACGAUGAUAUACAAGAUUCGGGUGAUGAUUAUGCGAAAAGCGUGCUGACCGCAGCCACAAAAAGCGCACGAAAUAUUUCAAUUUUCAAUUUUUCAGCUUCYGUCUCCGAUUUAGUGGUGGCAAUGACAUUUCCACUUUUUCAGCAACAGAGAGUUCAUCCUUUUGGCGUUGCAUUACCCGGCAUCGAUGUCACACGCUCUCCACUCUAYGAACUCAUCUAUAUCGGUCAAUUAUCUUUCCCGUUCACUUUGUCCAGCAUGUAUAUGCCCUAUGUAAGUUCAUUCGCCACUUUCUCCAUGUUCGGAAAGGCUGCAUUACAGAUAUUACAAAACAAUCUCAGAAAUUUAUGYGAUAAUAUGAAAAGUAAAACUGAGGAAGAGCUCUUCGGAAUUUUACGAAAGAAUAUCGCCUAUCAUGCAAGAAUCGCUAGAUACGUAAGUGACUUCAAUGAAUUGGUUACCUAUAUGGUACUCAUCGAAUUUCUUCUCUUCAGUUGCGUCAUUUGCUCGCUGCUCUUUUGCAUCAAUAUUACAACCUCUACGGCAGAGAAGAUUUCCAUUGUCAUGUAUAUUGGCACAAUGCUGUAUGUGCUCUUCACCUAUUACUGGCAAGCCAAUGGAGUUUUAGAAAUGAGCCUCCUCGUCUCAGAUGCGGCUUACGAAAUGCAAUGGUACAAUUGUAGUCCACAUUUCAAGARAACUCUACUCAUAUUCAUUGCACGCACACAAAAUCCAUUACAGAUCCGCGUUGGUCAGAUGCACCCAAUGACAAUGGAGGUAUUUCAAUCACUGCUUAAUAACGCGUACUCCUAUUUUACGCUUUUGCAUAAUCUUUAUAAUGAUUAA